AUGGAGCUUAAUUCAUUUAACGUACAGAAGCACCACAAGGUGAACAGAUCAUUUUUCCCAUUUUUUUCUGAAUUCAGGUCUUCUGACCAAAUCCUCACUGUCGCUAUUGAGACAGUUUUACUUGGAAUGGUUUUACUGAUCUCCUUGUUGGCUAAUGUUUGCAUGAUUGUGCUGGUCAUAAAGGGCAAGCGGCUCGCGAAUUUUCAGUGCCUUGUACUGAACCUCUUCUUGGCAGACAUUGUGUUUGUAGGGGUCAUCGUUGUUCGUUGGACUGGAUCCUGGACCCUUGGACCGUACGUGUGUCAUUUUCUGUUCUAUGCCUUGGCCACAAGUGGUGGUGUGACCAUUAUUACCUUAGCUGCCAUUAGUGUUGAAAGAUCCAUUGCCAUUCUGAACCUGCGCCUAAAAUCUGCUCUUCAUUUCAAGUCGAUGACUGCAGUCGUGUUGACCAUUUGGUUCUUUUCGGCCUUUAUGUCCCUGCCACUAUGUAAACAUUUUCAGAUGAUGAGCAUUCAGUUUAAUGACCAGGUGUAUCAGAUUUGCAUACUGGUCUGGACAAAUAUGAUGCAAGAGCUCAUGUGGGAUGUAUUCUACAGCCUGGUUGAAUUUGCUAUUCCAGGAUUAAUUAUUGUCAUCAGUUACACAAAAAUGUUAAAGAUUAUCAAGGCUGCCAAGAGAAGACCGCAAGCCAACAGGCCGUGCUCAGCUUACCAACAGCAGAUUCCAGUUUCCAGACAGGAUUAUCAGCUUUUCCGCACUCUUCUGGUACUCAUGAUCUCCUUCUUUAUCAUGUGGACUCCAAUUUUUCUCAUUAUCUUUUUGAUUCUUGCACAGAACUUUAAGAGUGACUUGUUACUCUCAUCCACGUGGUUUUUCUGGAUUUGUGCAUUUACACUUGCCAACUCAGCCGUGAACCCUAUUUUGUAUGGUUCCACUCAGGUCAAGACCAAAAGGCAACAUGUGCUUCAUUUCUUCCAUUUAUCCCAUUUUAAAAAUCGUAGAAACUUGGCCAAAGAACACACACUAAAGAAAGCCAGAAGUCAAGAUCAGCAGACACCACCUUCUAUUAUUUGUAACUAA